CUCUAUCUCUCUCUCUGUCUCUCUCUCUAUCUCUCUCUCCCUCUCUCUCUCCCUCUCCCUCUCUCUCUCUCAGCAGGCCAUGCUGCAUUAUGGGGUUAUUGUUACAGUCAGCAUCUUUUAUCGAUCACUGCCAUUCCAGUCUGCAUACAUAAUGGUGAAUGCCUCUCAGGAGUGAUGUAAUAAUUGGCACACAUUUAAAUGUGCAGGGUGUCGCCUUCAGCAUCGCAACGAAUGAACCGAGAUGUAACGGCAUUAAACGCUAACCAGAAAGGAAAUGAAAGGUUUGUGUGUAGUAAUCCAAUUAAGUGAAUCCAGCGCCUCAGAGACCAGGGGGAGAGGAGAGACGAGGCUAUAUUUAGAAAACAGGGAUUGAAGCAUUGCCUCCCUCUCUCCUCAAUAUUGGAGGGUGUGUAUAGUCAGUGGAUAAUGAAUAGUUUAAAUAAGUAUUCAUUUUGCUUUUUCCUAAGCAUGGUGUUAAAGGACAUCAUGUUUCACUCUUGUACCCCCCCUCCCACACACACACACACACACACACACACACACACACACACACACUCACACACACACACACACACCUCUUGUUCUUGGGUCUACCUCAGACAUACCACAGUUUGAAAUGAGGUAACAAGACGCGAGGCAUCGUUAUGUCAUUUCUUGGAGGUAUUCUCCCACCGCACAUUGUUAUUGAUUAACUAACGCUGCUGGCUCAAUCUCAGCCAAACUUCAGAUUACUUUCUAUCACUCCAAGUUACUUUGUUGGGACUGAGGCAGAGCUUUUGAAAUGGGCUUUUUGUAGACAGCAGAGACUUGCUGUCAGUUUUGAGGAGACAAAGUCAUCGCUCAUUGUUGUCCCAGAGGACCACCAGUGGUGUGUGUGUCAGUGUGUCAGUGUGUACAGAGCCACUUCUCACCUGCAGCAUCAAUCUCUGCCAGCCUGCUGUGCAGGGUUAUGCUGAUGUACUCAGCCAUAUUAAGGGUACUCUUCACUCACUCCCCCUGAUAGGACCACACAGUCUAACACUCCUCUCUUCUUCACACUGUUUCUUCCACGGCAUCCUCCCUCAGAAGCCAGGCUGUUCUGUGGGGGGUCGGUGGCAGAUUGGGGGGAGCACACAGCAUGCUGUGUUUCAUAUCCUCCAGUUUCAGUGUAAUUUAAUACCAGAGUAAUAAUUGACGAAAACAUGUUUUUAUUUUCACAAUGAAAGAGAUUUCUUUCUUCACUUUGAUGAAAUCAUGUUUGCCUAAAAGACAAAUUGAAAAAUGUCGGCUUAGCUGCUAGCUUGUCUUUGUUUAAAACCAUUGAAAAAUAUUAUUACUAUACUUAUUUUGGCUGCUGAUCAGGCAUCACAGCGUUAGGUAUUUGCUAAUGAUAUUUACAUUUUUAGAGCAAAUGUUUUGUUCAUUAAAGCUGUAUCCAUUGUAUUCAUUUCUUUUAGCCAGUCUGAGGCAACUGAUCACGCUGUAAUCACAUCAUUGGGUUAUUGUCACAUAAUGAGUUGAUAUGGCAAACAUGUUGGCAGAUAAUUACAUUUUUACACAACCGGAUUUGGAGUUGUGUGUUUCUUGCCACAUGGUCUAUCAGACCUUUAUCACAAACUGCUUCCUGCUGUGUCUCGAAACUCAUAAUCCUCCCGUCAAUACUGCAGCUUUAAAACACAAAGUAAUCCUUUUUUCUAAUUAAUAAUUAAAAAAGGUUGUACGUUGUAUCCCCUGAUGAACUUUGGAUGAGUGUGCUCCGCUGUCAGUCCUCCAGUCAGUGAAACAGCUGUGUGCGGUGUGACUGUCACGUCUGAACGGAUCACACAAUCUGUGACUAGAAUAUAAUCUUAUGCUGAAUAUGGGGCCCUGUGACACUCGCCUUCUGACUUAUUACGCUCUUUUCACUAGUUUCAGUUCAUAUUAAAGUCGGGUCUGUAAUGUGUGAAUAAGAGCUGUGAUAGUGAGAAUUAACUGGAAUGUGUCUGUACUCCAGCUUUCCCAUGAGGCAGUGCGGUGUUAAAUUGAUUAUGGAGUUGCUCGAGGCAUGACAGACAUGUUCUCGCUGAUACGUUUGAGGCUCUCCGUUUAACCGGCAUCGAGGGUGCCACGCACGUUUUGCUUUUCCUCACAGUGACUCCGCUUGUUUCACCUUCCCUCCCCUCCGUUGGAGGAAUUUCAAUUAGCCCCUCUUUUGAAUUGCUAAAUGAUCAGUUCAUUAUUUCACACCUAUUUUGCAGGACAUCUUUCUGUUAGUGUGUGUUUGUCUGAGCGCACACGCUGAGUCAGUCGCUGCUGGCAAUGCUGAGACUCUUCGUGCCCAAGCUGUGCUGCGCUCUCCACCAUCCAAUAUCUUUUUCACACGUUGCUGCUCUCGGAGUUCUUAUUGUGUUAUUCUGCCUCUUAUUUACAGUUCAUCCUUUUAUGUGUUAUGCAGGAACACCUCAUGUAUUUUCCAACAGACACAUACACACACCUUGAUGCGGUGCAGAAUGGACAAUAUCUAGCGAGAGUGUUGUCAUUACUCAUUACAGCGUCCCAAAGCCAAAAACUGCCUUUCACAUUGGCAGACAGCAAUAGGCUAACACUGUUAUGUUCUAUUGGCAUCAUUAAAAUAAUUUACCAUAUCAGAUUUUCUCUUUUCUCACCCAGACAUAUAUAAUGAGUCAACAUUGGUGCAUUACUUGUCUGUUUAUCUAGUUGGGGAUAGGCUGCUUUUAGCAUUUUAAAAUAAUAAUAUGAUCAUAAUAUGUCUCAUUUGUGCCUUUGCGUUGUUUUGGAUUGGCAAUUAAUUACUGUUUUCAUUUAGCGUGAUCUAAUUGUUUUUUUCCACUGUGAACUAUAACAUUGGACCUAUUUACUUUUGUGCCCCCUGAGUCUUUCAUUAAUUGUGACUGUAAAUUAAUAAAGAGCGAUAAGAGAGGAAUACUGUGCUAUGUACAGUCAUGCCACCGGCUUCAACAGCAGCGGCUAUAUAUCGCUCCAUAGUUACACAACUUACUCACUGGAGUACACAUAAAACGCACACAAGCGCAGCAGUCCUGGAAAACCCGGAGGUGGAGGCCGCUCUGACAUCACAUUCAUUUUAAAUAUCCAUUUCAUUUCAAUUGUAUUCAUCGCGGCCUGCCGCUGUUCACAUGGCAGCUGCACCAUCGGGCAUUCAAUCUUGUGUUCAUCUCUGGGACAGAGGCAAGAAGAUGGACAGAUCAAUAAGAAUACAGCGUGGCAGCCAGACGUAUCGGAGGCGGGGGAUAGCUGCAGGUGCUUGUAUGAGCCCGGCAUCAAUCAAAAGUAGAAAUGUUACAAGCUAACGCUGGAGCUAAGAGAGCUGGGGCGGCCGCAGACGGUGAUGGCCGUUGUUAGUUACGUGAAAAAUGAAAAGCAAGUAAAUCACAGCUCCAUUGCUGCUUGAGGUCUGUGUAGUGAGGUGUCUGGCUGUUUUUGAAUGACUGGUAGCGCAGUUUGAUCAAAUAUCAGAGUGCAAUGUGUGUGUCCAUAAUUAUACUUCGUGAAGAUGCCGUCGUAUUGAAACGAUUAAGCGUUAAGAUGUUACAUGUUAAGAUGUUAAGAUUUGCUUCAUUUCUGUGUUUUAUCUUUUUGUAAAGUGAGCAUCUUUGGUUCUGGACUGCUGGCUGGAUGUAACCUGCAAUCUGAACAUGUCCUCAUGGACUCAAAUGUCCCAUUGAUUGACAUUUUUCACUAUGUUACACCAUUUAAUUAAUCUGAAGCAUAAUUGACGGAUUCAUCCACAAUGAACAAAUUAAUAAUAGCUGCAUCCCUAAUACUCGUUCAAGGACCUCUUAACUAUGUAGUACACAAAAACAGAUCAUAUUUUCCUUCUAAUUUGCCUGACGUUCAAACGCUGAUUCGGUGGCAAAAUACAAAGAAAUGAGGAAAUGUCAUUACUCAGUCUAGCAUUACUCAUUACUCAGUCUGUGGGUUGUUGGGUUGGAGUGCUGCUGUUUCAGCCGUGCACGUCACGAUUUGACCCAAACAAAACCUGCGGCUAGCCAACAGAUGUUAUCAUGCCCGGGCCCUUUCCUGCAGGAACAAAGCAGCUCUCUGAGAGAGAGAGAGCUUGUUAUAUACUUCGACCACCGCUGCAAAACAAGCAGUUGUAAUGAAACAAAAAGAUGUGAAGAAUAGCGUUUCAAGGAAAACAGUGUGGGGGCCCAGCCCUGGGAUUUUCUUUAAGAUGCACUAAGAUUGAAGGAUUUUGUUGCAUCACUCGCUCUCUGUCGGCGUGCGUUUGGAGGUAGGGGCGUCAUCUGGCUUUGGUUUCUUGGCUGCUGCUUUCGUGAGAGGCCACAGCUUAACGAGUAACCCCCCCCCCCCCCCCUUUUUUAAGAUUCCCAUUCCCAAAGGGGUGUCGACUUAACCGGCAAAGUUACACUCGUUCUCAGAACAUCAGACUCUGUCAGCUGUUUCUAGUUCAACCACCUCCCUUGUGGUCCGCGUCAGCGACGCCAGACAUCACAGUCAUUAAGAGAAGUGCCUCUUGUUAGCAGGAAAAGCAUGACGAUGUUCGUAUCAGGAGGGGAUUGCUCGUGAUGCUGAUGCUGAUGCUGAUUAGGAUUAGGAUUGCCAUGGUGACGUAUAUGAGGGAAGCAUACAAACAGCUUAGAAAGUUUUAGGCUGGGAGUCCCCUCACACACACACACACACACACGCACACACACACAUGCCUGGCUGGAUUUAGAAAUAUUACAGACUUAUACAAUAUUAUAAUUCCAGCUAAUGCUUGCCAGGUAACCUGCGUGUGUUCAGGAUGGGGAAUGACUUGAGUUGAAACCCUAGAAACUUUUGAGAGGUUUCUUUGACAAUAGUUUGUUUCUGCUUUUCUCUUUUGUCCAGUUUUAUUGGUGCAUUGUGUCAGACUUCCUUUCCAAACUCUACACAUCCAAGCUCUUCAUAUAACCAAUGUUUAGUCUACAUAUAUCACCUUCCUCUGUAUUUUUUUUACAUGCAUUGGUGUAUUAUAAAUGCAAUUGUACAGCGCUUCCUUCGAGGAAAUACACUCCCACUUGCACAAACCCGAACUGUUACACUCAUCCAUCCGGUACGACAGACUCUCACAUUGCAGGGUGUAGAAUAACACUCUCUACGCAGGACGGGAACAAGCAUGGAUAAUGACAGAAUAUUUGUGACUGCACUGAAUAUCUGUACUUAAUUUCCACUCUCCACCAGCCGCUUAAUUCAGUACACACAGCCAGCACUGACUGUUCCACGUGGACGUAGGUCUUCCCAGCAGCACAUUCAUGCUGCAAAGAUCCCGUUUCAUGUCCUCCCAAAUGGGCUUUUAUUGGAUUGAGAUUAGGGGACUUGGCAGGUUGAUCCGCAGGGCGCUGAAGUGAGAUAAAGUCAACCCCACAACAUCUUGACAAAAUCAACAUAUGAAUUAUAAAGGGUCCCUAUGCAGCACCACCACCGAUCUGUAGCUUUGACACCUGCAAGGAGAGAUUCAUGCUGGUGACAGUUUAUUCAGAGCCUGGCAUGCACUUCCUCUAGAUGAUUCACUCUUCAAUUAUUCCACUUUGAUCAUGUCCUUGAUGCGCUCAACAAGGGAAAAAUUGCUCUAAAAUGCCCCUCUGUGCAGUUCCCCAUCACUGCUAUUUGCAUACAUAUAUUUGCAUAUUUGUUGCUCAUCUGUCACUUUGAUCAGACUUCUGUUUUAUUUAGGUUUUUUCUGUGGAUAUUUCACUCUUUGUAGUAAACUCUAGCCACUGUAGUGCAGCAAUUACUUACAAGACCACACAGAAGAUAAAUGUAAGACGUGCUUCUAUUUUAUAACUCUUACGUAGUAACACAGCUCAAAGUAGCUAAGAGGAGUGUGUUCUUUAUUUAUUUAAAAUGGAAUAAUACUAGUUUACCCUUUGAAUCGUGGUCUGCAGCUGAUUUCAGCCUGCGAAUGUCUACAUGUCGGGUUAACAGGCUCCUAUCAAUCUUCUUUUGCCUCUGUCUGGAGGUUAAACUUGUUUGUGUGAAUGGGGAGGCGUACUUAAUAAACUGCGGAUGAGGACAGUAUAAUUAAGAUGAGCCCCUGUGACGCUAGUGUUUCCUGGGUGUGUUUUGAGGAACAUCUUAACCUGGAUUUACCUGGACUGCGGCGAGGACACCUUUGGUGCUCACUGGCAGGGUAUCCCUCCCACACACACACACACAAACACACAUUAUGAAGGCUUGGACACGCACUCUUUAAGCACGGGGCCUCAUCUCUCGCACACUCUCACCAGUGUGGUGACGUCAUCAGGGUUUUAAUGAGGGAUUACUCUGACAUCACCGGGACUGCUGUCAAGUUAAACCUGUUAGCUUCACCAUGUGCUUGCGGUGCACUACGGCUGGAACUGUGCGCGUCCGUGUGUGAGAUGCAAGAGCCAUAUUGAGAAGAUUUUGCAGUCCAUGGGGCGUUUUGCAACCUGUUAUCGUCCACCCAUUCAUCUCUCCAUUAAUGUGUCCAUCAAAAAACGGCCUCAGUUUGCCGGCCAGGACGAUGUCUGAUGUCCAUUACAGAGGACUGUGUGAUGCUGAGUUAACAGCAGACGUUUUAAAAGGCGUCACUGGUCUUGGUCUGCAGCCCUGAUAAUGAGAAGCAGCAGCAUAUCACGAUACAAUUAUUUAACAUGUACCGCAAGUACAUGGAGGGAUACACAAAAUGACAUUUCAUUUGAGGGUCUGUUCUGCUGUUCUGUGCCCAACUUGGCACCACAGACAUAAUUCUGUGUUCUUCUGUUUUAGAUAAUAUGUGGAAGGAGGGAGCUACAUCACUGAACACAGCACUUAUACAGCACUGCUUUUCAUUGUGGGUGUAGUAUGUUUGUAAUUAUUUUAAGGUUCAUUUGUUUGUUUUCUUCAGCUUUUUUACUUUUGUUGAAAAUGAACAGGAGUGUUUUUUGUUUCUUGAAACAUUCUUGUGUAGAUCUUGACAAAUGGCAUUGAUGAUACUGAAAUAAUUAGUCAAUAAAUCAUCAACUAUUCAAUUAGAUAGAAGAUCAUCAACAAUGUUUAUAAUAAAUCGUUUGAGUCAUUUAUGAAGCAAAAAUGUCAAACAACAGUUAAUAAAUCAGUCAAAGAAAACAAAGGAUAGAGGAAUCAUUAAUAGAUAUAACGGUUGGUUCCAGUCCUUCAUAACACUGGUUGGUUGGUUUGUCAGGUUUCUGAUGGACAUGUGACUCAGAGAGCCGGACUGACACAAGUGAUUCUUUGCCCCUGAGGCAGAUUUCUUCAUGCUGGUCUCAGUACAUGAUUCUCACAUUCAUACUGUCCAGCAUCACUUCAGAAUCAACACAACACGACACACUCGUGUGGUCAAUGUACGCAACCAGAUGCACACACACACGCUUGCAGUACACACGUGCACUGCACAAGUAGAAGCCUUUGUUGGUCUUAUCCUCAGCGGUCACGCUUUCUCCAGACUUUUCUUUUUCUUCUUUUUAAUAAUUUGUGUCAGGGGCUGUUUUCUAUUCUCCUUUGUGCUCCGGUGAGUCCGUGAGACAAACAACGGUGCAGCCACCUUAAAUCCCCUCUCCGCUCUGUGAGUCGGCUGGAUGUAUAAAUAGAGCACAGGUAAGUCAUGCGUGGCUGCUGUGAAUCGUUAAUUACUUGGCAUGAACCCCCGGUCACAUCCUACGAUGGAGUGUUUGGGCUGAUCGUGUUGAGGGCAAGUUAACAAGUUCAUCUUUAAACCUCAAAUCAAACAGUCGGCGCCGGUUGUACGGCUUCCCUCCAUCUGUCCAUACUUGACCCCCCCCCCGUGAAGCCCGCUGUCAGUCUCGUUCUCUCUUUACACAAUCUGCCGCUGUGCCCUUAGCAACUGAAGGCUGAUUGGUUGUCAGGACCUACCUGUCCCUUUUGAAUUCUGCCAGGUCAACAUGGCAACUACAUUAUACACAUGAAAGCCAGCCGGCGACUGUGAAGGAAGGCAGGAAGUGCUCGAUGACAUACUUAAGAACAGCUGACACAAACAGUGCCACAGGCAUCUCUAUUGUUGUUUCUUAAUCACAUCACCUUUGCUGAUUUACAUCCUUGUAAUCAUAUUUGGGUUUCCUUGCAAAGGCAGUGGAGGUACAGUUGCCAUGGCACUAAGCUGCAACAGCAUGCUUUAGGCCACUGUUGUACCUUAUUUCUCAUCAUGCUAUAUCACACUGCCCGUAGCUUUCUUAUACAAUUCAAUUAGCCUCCAUGAAGCUGCUAUCUUGACGGACAAAUCAGUCAUUGAACCUGAAAGAUGGCUAGAAAGCCAAUCCCUUCCCUCGCUGUCACUUUCUGUUCGCCUCUGGACAAAGCUCGACAACAAGCUGCCGACCUCCUUCCUGUAUCUUUGGCUUCCUCACAGUCCAUCGUAAUGUUUGUCUUCACAGGGAAACGGUGUAAAAACAGUCAGUACUGUAGCUUUAAGGAUGUCGUCUGCUUCAGCGUGUCAGAGUCUUCAUCCUAACUCUUUCUCAGAAGCCAAGUGUGGUACACAUACAAGGAAUUUGCCUUGGGGAUUGGUGUAUAACAAUAAACACACCGCAAUAGUACAAGACAUCAUUUAGAAAUAGAAAAUAUGAAAAUGUACGAUAAAAAAAUGGUAAACAAGAGUACAUUAAAAGUAUCUUAUUAAAGUAGUAAGAGUAUAUAAAUGGAGAAUAGUUGUGUAACUGUAGAUGUAAGUAUCCCAGUCAGUGGGGGUCUCGGGCUUUAUUGAUGAGCCUGUGUCAUUACACUCAAGAAACCUUAUGUAUAGAAACACAGGAGGGAACAGUACUCUAGCUGUGACCCAAAGCACCAGUGAGGAACAGACUGGCCAAUCAUAGCCUAGGCCAGCUCUAACCAGGGCCCAUCAACUAUCCGGUUCUGCUCCAUAAGCGCUCAUGCAAUUGUUGAGAUGUUCUUCCUUUUCAGGCUUUGUGGAUGUGGAGCUAGUUGUGGUUCACGUUUACACUGUGAUCUGUAGGCUUUAGCUUCUUUCCGCGGUUAAUGACACCGUGGGCUCCAUGGUUGUAGCUUGAAUAGCAGCAGGGGGCGAGGCUUAGUUAAUUCACUUUUGUACUUAACCUGUGGAAUCUGCAUCACUGAGUUACUUUCCAUGCAUGCUUUAUUUGUAUGCAGCGAUGUAACAUUUUGCUUAUAUAACUAUUGAAAAUGUUGACUUUUCAUUUGUAUGGCUUAAUUUCUCUACCGGGUUGAAGCACCACAAUCUUCCCUGCAUCCCUUUUUAAACUGAAAAUAAGAACAUACAAUUGAACUGUACCACCCAUAUCGAGUAUUUGAAGAUGUGUCGCCGCUUGCAUGUCCACGUUUCAUCGUUCAGGUACAGCGGUUCUGGUGUUAUGGCUCCGAGCCUCAGGGACACGCAGUGACGACAAUCGCAGCGUCACGUGGCGCUCUGUCACAGCUCGUCGCAGCCUCUGACAGCGCGAGGCAGACAUAUGCUCGUGUUACAGGUGUGUGUGUGUUUGUCAGAGGGAGCAAGAGAAGCGGAGAUCGGUGCGGCCUUGUGAUUUGAACCGUGUGCGCUUCAUCUGGCAUGUACAUGCGGCAGUGUGUGUGUGUGCGCGCGCUCGCAGUGCCUGCGUUCAGUCAGCACUCGCGCGUCUGCGUGCUCAUGUGGUGAUGUUCGGUGCGCGCGUUGAAAGCCUGUUGUGUCUGUCGUUGCGUCUGUGACUUUGACAGCCUCGCUGUCCGCCCAGGAGCUGUUGUCACAUGCUGGCUGCUCCUGUCAGAGCUGAGCAGGAGCCGUGACUCCACAGAGACUCACGGAUCUCUGUGUUUGGAGCUGCCGAUGGUUGAGCUCUUGUACCUGCAUUUUCUCCGCAGAGCAGACUGCCCCCUGCUGGCGGCUGAGAACAGUGACGAGAUGCAUCCGUUGGAGUGAUUUAGAUUUGAUCUUGAUGGUGGUGAAGUGUCUGAAUAUGAUACUUCACCAUAGCAAAUGACAGUAAUACAUAUUCAUGCUCAGUUGACUGUUCCACUUGCAGCUCUUAAUAUUAUGACGUCCUUUCUACAAACACAGCUGUAUUUUAAUAAAAUAUAUAUAAUACAUAUAUCUGCUCUACUAAUCCCUGCUGUUGGCUGCAAUUGCAGUUACUGCUGAUCAUUCCACAUGCAUUUCUCCUGAUAGAAGGUUUGCACUGCUGGGCCCGGAUCCCUUCUUGUGGUACUCUGCUCCCCCUAGUGGUGGAAGUGAGCUAGAACCAAGGUUUGGGAGUGUGACAGGGCUCGGGGCUGGUUUUAUUCAAUUUCAUUCAGUAAACUUUGACCUUUUAGUCAAAAUAAGGAUGUGAAAUGAGGUGACUAAUUUUCUUUUUAUGAGUGUUUCAAAUAUUCGGUUAUGCUGAAAUAGUUUUACUGUUUAUUUACUGUAAUAGUCAUCCUUGGUUUUCUGUAUCCCUCUGUUCACUUUUCACUGCAAAUCAGCAGUUAGUUUGACAUAUAAAUUAUAUUAUUUUUCAACCACAUGAAGCAAAUUUCCUCAUUCUUUAAUAUUUUCUGUUGUACUUAUGUGAGGGAAAAUAAAGUGUGCAGUAUAAAGUGUCACAACCCGGCUUAACCCUCACACUUGUCAUAUUUGCUCAUCAAUGAGAAAGUUUGUGACCUGGCCACCAUCUUAAAAACAGAGCAAACAUUCUCAUGUUACAGCUGAUCAGUACACUAAAUAUGUUUCUGAAGACAUUUGAGGUGAGAAAUAGGAAAUAGAGGAACAUAAUGUUGAAUCAUAUUUGAUCAGUGUUGCCUAGUUUGACAGUUUGAUCGCAGCAGUGAGUGACUGCUGCAUUAGAGACUCCUCGGCUCUGAUUGGUUGUUGUCCUUCGGGCAUGGUGGAAUAGGAGCACAAAGAGGAGGCGGAGGAACCUGAUGUUUUCACAGAAUUUUUAUUUAGUACCAUCAGGUUAUGGGACAGUUUGAGCAAAUAUGAAUUUGACUGAACUUACCAACUGUAGCUUUAACACAACGGAAUAAAUGCAUCACACACACACACACACACCUCACCAACAGUCUUGGGGAUCACCCAAGACCACUGACAAAAAUUUGAAAAAUGAUAAAUGACUCCAGGUGAAAUUGCUCUUCUUCAAUGCACUGAAACAUCUCUUGCACUUGUCAGGUAAAGAAUUGGCCUUCCAGAUAUAAUAAUUCCAUAAACAGAUAAGUUUGUGCUGGUCGCUGUACAAUAAUGGAGUUUGGGUUCUGGUACGAUCUUACCUACUGGCAGAGUGCAUGCAGAAGCAGGUGGUAUGGAAGAGAAAGACUCCAGCAUUACCUGCAGUGGGAGCAUCUGCAUUGACAAAAACUUAUGUUUCAUUUCAAAUCAGGGCCUCUUACUUUCAUUUAUUUCUAUAAUUUUUACACUAAUGAACUUACUCCUCUCAUCCUUCAUACAGCUUUACCUGUAGUUGACUGGUGUCGUACAUGUAACACGAUUAUGUUGCAGCACAUCUACAGCACUGAAAACAUUUGAUUCCUGUGGCUGUCAUUACUGACUAGUGAUGGUUAUCUGAGAAAACAGAUAAAUUAGUUUGCUCUACCCCUGCACUUUGCUCCUCCCUCUCUCUCUCUCUCUCUCUCUCUCUCUCAUUCACUCUCUCCAUCUUUUUCAUGCCCUCUCUUCUAUCCUCUCACACACACCCCUCCCUCCUUCCUAUCUUCAUCAGGCUUGUCACUCUGUCUUUUCUCUCUCUACAUCUGUCUUGACACAGGUGUGUGUGUGUGUGUGUGUGUGUGUGUGUGUGUGUGUGUGUGUGUGUUAGUGGUUAAGAGCCUCUUUAAAAUGAGUUUGCCUGUGAACUCCGAUUAUCUAUCUCUGGAGAGGAUAGCCCGCUACCGCCACGCCUGCUCCAGCGGCUCACCCUACGCCACAAACAAGCCCAUCGACAUCAAACCUCGUGGCAGGAGAGGGUAUGAUCGCUCUCUGGGACUGAAACUGUUUGGGGGGGAUGAUGAUGUGAUCUUAGCCUAAAUUUUCUGUCUUGCAUUGAGGAUUUGUUUUCAUGUGGAACUAUUUUCCACUAUCUGCAUGCUUUCAAUAGUUAGAUAUUCAGUGUUGUUACGGCAUACCAGCUUCUGCUCGUGUUGCUCUUUCUCUGUUGUUUAUAGCCAACCAUCGCUUGCAUGUGAAAAGUUGAGAUUCAGUAAAUUAGAAGUAAAAGUCGUGAGACAACUCAGGAGGAAGACUUGGUGAAAUUGAAUGCCAGUUGAACUUAAAAUUUCUUUUUGCUCUUUGGGUGUAAACUGCGACUGUAACGUGUAAGUGUGUCCAUUCGUGGAUGCCGUACAAACACAUGAAUCCACACAAAGUGUGUGCGUUCCCUCUCUUAUCAGAGCAUUAGCCGAUGAAUAGCUCCACCUGGACAACACAGAACUGGAACGGCGUUCACACCCGAGCGUUGUGUAAAUGGUGGUUGCUUGGUGGCUGGCUGUGUUGUUAGAGCUCAAUCGAAGCUGUUUACUCUGCUAAAUCUAUACCGCCGCCCUGAAGUGCGUGUAUCUGUGUCCAUGUGCAUGUUUGUGUCCCAUCCACGUUCCACUAGGAGCAGCUAUUCUGCUUUUACGAAACACGGUCAAGAGCCGGGUGAAUGAGAAAUGAGCGGGCUUCAUCCAGCCGUGAUCUAAAGCAUCAAGGUGAUCAAGAGGACAAGUCCGUUCACUAACCACAGCAGCGCAUAAGCCAAUCAUCACAGCACUCUCUGUCCAUUAAAGCUCUCACAGAAAAAUGUUGAGACCUCGCUAGAUCCAUUUUCAUGCUGCAUUUUCUCGACUAAUAUGUACUUGGCGACCCCUAAACAAAACUAAGUUGUGCUAUCACCUGACGCGCGCGUUCAUAAACAUGAAGUCCAAUGUGUUUGUGCCUCUAGUAUUUGAAUAUGAAGCAGCAGUAAUGGCUGGUGGCGUUUGUAGACAUAUAGAUAUGGAUGAGGCCUUGUCAAUACGGCGGAGCAGCCAUCUGUGCUCACUGCCUGCUCCAUAGUUAAGUGCUAUUUAUACCAGCAUUCACUGAGUGGAUUUAUCUGCACCAUAUACUGAACUUGGUUCAUGGGAGAGGUCCUUUUUUUUUUUUUUUUUUUUUUUUAACUAAAUCAAUUAUUUUUUCACUGUUUUAUGAGACAACAGUUAUAGCCGUUGUACCACUAGGUGGCGAUGGUGCUCUGAGUUGUACAGAAUAGCAUAGAACACAAUUACUGUAAGGCACAGAACAAUUACACAAUAAGUGUUACUUAUUAUAUGGUGCAAUAAGUCCCUUACAGACCAAUUUUGGCCUACAAAUACUGUAAUAACAGUUACCUUCUAUAACAUGAAUGCAGAAAUAAUUAGAUAAGCAAAGACGAUGGUAAUGCACAGUAUAUUAAUCUUGCAGUAAUCUUGUUUUUAAUAGUUCAGAUUGGAGUCUAGUCUGCAGGUCAUUCCAAGACCAGGGGCCAUCAUUUUAAAAUGCUUAAAUGAUUCAUUAUUUUUGUUUAUGUCUUACAUCUCUGCUUUCUGGGAAUGGCAGUAGUGUAGCCAAACAAGUAACUCCUCAUUAUGUGUGAGUGUGUGUACUUGUAUGAACUUGUGGGCUACAUUGUUUCUCCCAAGGGACAGCAGAGAGAGGAGAACACAAAGAGCCAUUUCCUGCAGAUAAAGACCUAGUUCGCUGAUUGCUUCUAUCUAAACCGAUCUAUCUUUAAAGUAAAAAUAAUGUGGCCUAAAUGUGUUCAGCUUCUUAAAUAUUGAGCUCACUCUGGUGACAUGGGGAUGAUGGGUGUUUGCAUAAGUCUUGUCGUCAUGCUGUCUGCCUUUUUUUUUGUUGGGAUUCAUGUGGUACGAGGCAGAGGAAAGAGUUUUCUAAAGGAAACUGUUUCCUUUUGUUGUUCUUUCCUCGACCGCAUUGGAAUGUGCAGACCGUGGUAAUAGGAUUAGUUUCACCACUUUGACCAAGCUAUAAACUCCAUCAUUCUGCCAUGCUACACUGGAAGCAUUAGACGUGCCUGUUCAACUCACUGUAACUCACGUCAAACGCUCCACACACACGUGUGGAGCGUAAAACAUAAAGUAUCAACAUCGAGCCUGCACCGUCCCAAGAGAUGUGAGCCAGCAGUGAAAAGCUUCAGAAGUGUCUUUCGUCAAUCAGCGUUCGUUCCGUUUCUGGCAUUGGAAUUUGAAACCGACGGUCACAUGGUGACUUUGAAGGAAGCCAUCCUUUAAAUCGAUACAUGGUUACACCACAAUCUGAUUUUGCAUGCAAUUUUAGAUUAGCAGUGCAGGGCCUAGUCACUGCACAUCAAAGUCUUUAUUUGAUGUUCAUUUGUAACGUUGCCAGGAUCUGUCUGCCUGCACAGUGUGGCCAGUGGCCAUGUGUCUGCCCUUGUGUGGCUUGUGCAUCUUUCUGCAUGUGAGCCCAUCUGCAUGUGCGUACACGCGGCGUUAUCAUACGUCAUGCGUGUCGCUCUUUCCUCACGCCUGGCUCCUUUCUUCCCUGACAUAAAAGCACAUCUACGUAAUAUACUGUGAAGCAUCGGUGGCCGUGGAUGACCCCGGUAUUAUCCGUCCAAUGGGUGCAAUGAGCAAUUUAUUCCUCCCUCAUAAGAGCUGGUGAUGGAUCCAUUUCCUUUUCUGCCGCUUUUGUUUUUUAUUCUCUUGAACAAAAGAGACGCGUCCUCCGACAGAUGUCCAUCUCUCGUUGCUCUCGCAUACGGCCAGUUGCAGUAUUGAUGACAUGUAAAUAUUCUCACUGCUUUCAAGAUGAGAGGGCCGGCAUAAUGUGUACGCUGAUGCUUGCAGUGUUUCCGGGGACAGGUGUUGUGUUCUGUCUGCGUGUUUCGCUCGUGCUUCUGAGAUUUCACUUCCUGGAGCUACAGCUGGGGACGCAGCAGUUGUUGUGUGUCCUACUUUUUAAACUGUGUUGGCUGAUCUGGUGCUGCUUUAUCACUUCAUCCCUAAUGGAUAACUGCAACAGAGAGAACUACAUAAAAACAAAUCAUUGUCUGAAGUGCAAGAGCAGGGUAGGGAGAGGCCGGAUAAUGCUCUGAAGCGAAACAAUACCUAUGUGUCUGACUGUUAUAUACUUGUUUCCUAGUUUUGCUUUAUUGGUUGAUUCGUGUCCUCCAACAUACUACAAGCUGCAGGCUUGAGACACACAGAGAUGGAGUGGCUUGCUUGGCUUUACUCAUUCAUGUGUGGUUGACAUGCCAGACAGCGGACACACCUGUCUGCCCGGUGGACUGCUAAUGCUGGCUCCUUCGCCCACAGCUCUGACAGCAGACGAGGCCAUCUGAGCUCCACACUCCGAUCUAUUGCGUACGUAGUAAUCUUAAGUAUCCUAAAGCCAGUAAGGCAUUGCCGAAGCUUUUUAAAAUGUGACAUUCAUAUCAAAAUAACCCACUCUGUGAUGAGUAAUAGGAGAAGAAGAAAACCUUUGUGACACAUUUUAGCAUGACGGCUUCUGUUGGUUUGGAGAAUGAUUUACAUAUACAGAAAUUAGAGUCCGAAACUAAAAUGAUAUUCUUAUAUACUUGUAAAACUCUUGAAGCACGUUGAAAAACAUGCUGCUUAUCUAUUUACCGUGCAGUUCAGUUAGUUGGCAAGUUAAUUUAUUCAUUAUUAGACUAAAUCAUUAGCUAUCAUGUGUCACUAUUAAAAUAGCUUCGAUUGAUAGUAAAAGUGAAAUUAAUUUAGUCCUCAUUUCCUUUCACAUAUUUUCACUCCUGCACAUGUUCUCAAUUUGAAUAAUGCUGCCAUGUGCAAAUUCAAGAAAUCUUGAGUAAAUCCUUUUUAUUGCAUCUCUUAUUGGAGUGAAGAACGUCAACCGACACUAUCUUAGUGCACUCCCUCCAGAUCGAUGACAUGCUGUAGCUGUUGGUUUUAGCUUACUGUGGCAGUCGUGUGAUUGACACUUGAGACGAUUGUUAGGGGAUUGUUAGGGGAUGCUUAGGGGAUACAAGUCCCGCCUUUCAAGGAAUUACUACUACCAAAACAACCCCUCCCACUCCAGACAUACCCAAGCUGCAGCUUAGGGAAGCAGAGAGGCAGCAGAGGAGAGUCAUGUAACUCAAAGACAGGCACACAGUCGUACAAAAAAAAAAGACAGCAAGAGCGACAGAGGUAGGAGGGAGGAGGGAAGAGACUGUGAGGGAAGGAGAUCUUAUUUCCAAGAGUCAGGGAAAAAAAACAACUUGGGGACUUGAAAGAGAGAAGCAAAGUGAAACGGAGUGUGUGUGCAUGGCUGGUUUAGAUAAGUGCAAGUGAGUGACAGAGAGCGAUAGCGAGAGCGCAGGGUAAAGGAGAGAGAGAGAGAGAGAGAGAGAGAGAGAGAGAGAGAGAGAGAGAGCGUGCUCAGGGUAAAGAAACCACCUACUGUCAAAACGAUCGGAGCUGGAGGAGUAGCAGCAGCAGCAGUGUGGAAUCAUCUUGGAUGGAGGGUUUGAUCUGACCGUACCCAGGUCUGGUCUCAAGCAGCUUGGCGGACCUGGCCACUCCACCAUUACUCACAUGCUGAGGGAAGAGAAGCUCCCACUGGAUCACUUCAGACCAGUCAGGACUGUGGUCAGACCACAGCUGAGGGCUCCAGGUGGCCCUUUUUAGGGGGAGUGUGUGGCUUUAUGUGUGUGUUCGCAGAUGUAGUGUGGAAGGAAAAGCCUGACCAUGAGUAUCAUUCUUAAACCGCGGUCGCGCUCCACCAGCUCAUUGAAGAACACAGAGGGAAUAUGCUUCGACGUGGACAAUGGCACGUCAUCAGGUCGCAGCCCCCUGGACCCCAUGGCCAGCCCGGGCUCAGGCCUCAUCCUGCAGGCCAAUUUUGUCCACAGCCAACGGAGAGAGUCGUUCCUGUACCGCUCGGACAGUGACUACGACCUCUCGCCCAAGUCUAUGUCCCGAAACUCCUCCAUUGCCAGUGACAUUCACGGGGACGAUAUGAUUGUAACGCCGUUUGCACAGGUUCUUGCCAGCUUGAGAACUGUACGAAACAACUUUGGUGCAUUAACUAAUCUACAGCAAGACAGGGCAGCCAAUAAGAGAUCACCCAUGUGUAACCAACCGCCCAUCACCAAGACCACCUUUACAGAGGAGGCCUACCAGAAACUGGCGACUGAGACCCUGGAGGAGCUGGACUGGUGUCUGGACCAGCUGGAGACGCUGCAGACGAGACACUCUGUCAGCGAGAUGGCCUCCAACAAGUUCAAGAGGAUGUUGAACAGGGAGCUGACUCACCUAUCAGAGAUGAGCCGCUCUGGGAACCAGGUGUCUGAGUUCAUCUCCAGCACCUUCCUGGACAAGCAACAUGAAGUGGAGAUGCCAUCCCCUCAGACGCAGAAGGAGAAGGAGAAGAAGAACAAGCCCAUGUCUCAGAUCAUUGGGGUGAAAAAGCUGCAACACUCCUCCAGCCUCACAAACUCUAAUAUCGCUCGCUUCGGAGUCAAGACCGAGACCGAGGAUGAACUAGCUAAGGAGCUCGAGCAUGUGAAUAAAUGGGGCCGUAACGUUUUUAAAAUCUCAGAGUUCUCUGGGAAUCGGCCACUGACAGUCAUGAUGUACACUAUAUUCCAGGAGAGAGACUUGCUGAAAACGUUUAAAAUUCCACUUGACACCUUUAUAACAUACCUGAUGACCUUAGAAGACCAUUAUCAUGGCGAUGUGGCCUACCAUAACAACAUUCAUGCUGCUGACGUCACCCAGUCAACUCACGUGCUGCUAUCCACCCCUGCCCUCGAGGCUGUGUUCACAGACCUUGAGAUCCUAGCUGCCAUCUUUGCCAGUGCAAUUCACGACGUGGAUCAUCCUGGUGUCUCCAACCAGUUCCUCAUCAGCACCAAUUCCGAGCUAGCGUUGAUGUACAAUGACUCGUCGGUGUUGGAGAACCACCAUCUAGCAGUUGGUUUCAAGCUUCUGCAAGAGGAGAACUGUGACAUCUUCCAAAAUUUGGCCAAAAAACAAAGACAAUCACUGCGAAAGAUGGUCAUUGACAUUGUGCUAGCAACCGACAUGUCCAAGCACAUGAAUCUACUGGCUGAUCUGAAGACUAUGGUGGAAACCAAGAAGGUGACCAGCUCGGGUGUCUUGCUGCUGGACAACUACUCUGACAGGAUACAGGUUCUCCAGAACAUGGUGCACUGUGCAGAUCUGAGCAACCCCACCAAGCCUCUCCAGCUGUAUCGGCAGUGGACGGACCGCAUCAUGGAGGAGUUCUUCAGCCAGGGGGACCGAGAGAGGGAGAGGGGCAUGGAGAUCAGCCCUAUGUGUGACAAACACAACGCCUCGGUAGAAAAGAGCCAGGUUGGCUUCAUAGACUAUAUCGUUCACCCUUUGUGGGAGACCUGGGCUGACCUGGUCCACCCGGAUGCCCAGGACAUCCUCGACACGUUGGAAGACAACAGGGAGUGGUACCAAAGCACCAUUCCCCAAAGCCCCUCUCCUCACUUGGACGACCCCGAGGACGGCUCUCGGCCCCCAGGGGACAAGUUCCAAUUUGAGCUCACCCUGGAGGAGGACGGGGAGUCGGACACGGAGAAAGACAGCGGCAGCCAGCCGGAGGAGGAGGAAGAGGAGGAGGAGGAGGAGGAUGACGAGGACGACGAGGAGGAGGAAGACGAAGACGAGGAGAACAGCUGUACUGACUCUAAAACGCUCUGUACGCAGGACUCUGAAUCAACAGAGAUUCCUUUGGACGAACAGGUGGGGGAUGAUGAGGAGGAGGAGGAGGAGGUAACGGAAGAGGGGCAGACAUCCUGUUCACAACCAUGUGUUGUGGAGGAAGAGGUAGCAGAGCAGCAGGAGGGAGAGGAGAAAGAGGAAGCCCCCCACACAUAGCAGUUUAUGGACAGCAACUGAUUAACUGUUCUUCUUAGUAAUGACAGAUGAUUAUUUAUAGAAUUUGUUUGGGGGUUUUGUGGAGUCUGUCUGUGUUUUUUAUACAUCUCUGUAUGUGUGCUGCUCUCCACCUUGGCCACUCCUCCCGUCAGCUUUGUUCAGACACGCCCACCGGUACUUCUUCAAGUUUUUUUGCACUCAGGAAAACUCCUCUCCAUUCCCGUCUGUACUGAAGUGGUGUGCCCUUAUUUCCCUUUUUACGCCUCCUUUUCACAAGCUUAAGCUUAGUAUACGGACGAGCAGUUCAGUCUGCUCAGUGCUGUCCACACGACACAUGAUAUCACAUUUUCCUUCCCUUUCCGCUUCGUCUCAGCCUUGCCUGAAAGUUUAGCAGUGUUUCUGUGUUUUAUGUGUGCCCAUACUCUACAGAGACGGUUAUCGGCGUGUUCAAGGAGCAUCUCCAUCUCGGUUAGGUCCUUUCCUCCCCUCUUGCGAAUUCGGAGGCAUUUUAUGCUGCCGUUCCGCUGAAAACCCGACGGACGCUGCAGAGAUGAAAGCUGCAGCACACUGGGGAGCUUUACGAGACACAUUUCUGAUGUAAAAGUCUUCCUUGAAAACAUGACUGAUACAAAGCUCAAAUCGACACAGCACUGGCGCUGUCCUAGACCUCUUUCAUUUUUGUAUCGUACUGUAUGUAAGAUUCAGAUAUUUUCUAGAAUUUACUUUUGCAAUCUGAGGCUUUUCCUUUUCUGUGUUGGCAAAGAAGAUGAGAGAACUUUUGGAGAC